AUGUCCGACCGCGUGAGCUGCUCAGGGCUGCAGACGACGCGAGAGCUCAACGCAACCGACGCCGUCAUGGCAAACCCGGUCCUGCCGUCACACGUUGUGGAGGAGGCGGUGCCGGGAAACAUUCGCAAGGCGGAACACUUUGUCUCUUUCCUGAAGCGUUUCGUCGAAUAUCUCAAGAAACGGCUGGAUGUGAACCACGUGGUGAACGAGCCCCCGGCCGUAUUUCUGGACCAGGUGUCCAUUGACGCUGCAAUCGACCGCAAGCCGCUCAGAUUCGCCAGCGAACGCCUCUCAUCUUUGUUGCAGACGCUGGAGCUGACAGACUACGACGACUUUUCGUCCCUCAUGCGCGUGGCGACGUUUGCAACGCUCGUCGCAACAUACACAGACGGGUUCAGUCUGAUCAUUGAACCGUUUGACGACCGCGCGCCCACAAUCCGCGACCCCGUCCUCCACUUCAGCUGCAUGGACGCGUCGCUCGCCAUUCGUCCCGUCUUUGAGCGCUUCCAGUCCGUCGUCAUCACAUCAGGGACGCUGUCGCCGCUGGAAAUGUAUCCGAAGAUUCUGAACUUUCGGCCCGUGACCGUCUGCACCUUUGACAUGACCCUCAGCAGAACCUCCCUCCUGCCCAUGAUUGUCACCUGCGGCUCGGACCAGGCAAAGAUUUCCUCCCGGUACGAGUCGCGAGAGGACAACAGCGUGAAGCGAAACUACGGCCACCUCCUCCUCGACAUGGCCCGCGUUGUACCCGACGGAAUUGUCUGCUUCUUCGUCAGCUAUGAGUAUCUGGAGAGCAUGGUAACGACGUGGCACGACCAAGGCAUCAUGGACAAGAUCAAGCAGAAGAAAUUGGUGUUUGCUGAGACGCAGGAUGUGGUGGAGACGAGCAUCGCUCUCGACAACUACCAGAGGGCGUGCGAGAAUGGGCGUGGUGCCAUUCUGCUGUCCGUCGCGCGGGGAAAAGUGUCGGAAGGAAUUGACUUUGAUCACCAUCUUGGCCGGGCCGUCCUUAUGUUCGGCAUCCCAUAUGUCUACACUCAGAGCCGCAUUUUGAAGGCGCGAUUGGAGUUUUUGACCGACAAUUUCCAAAUCAAGGAAGGGGCGUUCCUCACCUUUGACGCCAUGCGACACGCAGCUCAAUGUGUUGGCCGCGCCAUACGCGGUAAAUCCGAUUACGGCAUCAUGUGCUUUGCCGACUCGCGUUACGCAAGUGAGGACAAGAAAGGGAAGUUGCCCAAGUGGAUUCAGAAAUACAUCACACCCGGACACACGAACCUGUCCACCGACGACGCGGUGAAGCUUGCCAAGCGAUUUCUUCGGGAAAUGGCGCAGCCGUACGAAUCAAAGCCAGGUCUCUCCCUCCUCUCCUUGCAGCAGGUCCAGGCCGGGACGUCCCAGAUUGAGCGGAGCGUCAAGAUUGCCAUUGAGUUUGAAGCGUCAUCAUCAUCAACCCCAUCAACACAUCCGCACGCGCCAGGGCCCAGCAAACCCGCCACCAGCACCACCACCAUGACGGCAGCGAGCGAAGCGGACAGUGGCGCAACCACCAUGGAUGUGCGACCAGACGCGUAG